AGGGGAGGAGCCAGGCGGGGGCUGGAGGGGCCGAGGCGGUGGCGCGCGUCUCUGCGCGGGGAUGGCGCUGUGGCCGCCGCGCUCCCGGGGUCUCCGCGCGGGGGAGGGGCAGGACCCGGACCCGGACCCGCCCUGCGCGCCCCGCCCGCCGGACCCGCAGAUAUAUGGCCAUGGGAUUGAAUUGGCUUGCCAAAAACAAAAGGAGUUUGUGAAGAGCUCUGUGGAAUGCAAAUGGAAUUUAGCAGAAGCCCAGCAGAAACUUGGUAGUUUAGCACUGCAUAACUCUGAGUCCCUGGAUCAGGAACAUGCCAAAGCACAGACUGAUGCUUCAGAAUUGAGACAGAGGGAGGAAGAAUGGAGACAGAAAGAAGAGGCCCUAAUACAGAGGGAAACACAAAAUCUGUGGAACACAGAUUCUGUUAGCAAGGACGUAUUUAAUAAGAGUUUUAUUAAUCAAAAGAAAAGAAAAGAAAUAGAAGAUGAAGACAAAUCCAAAUCAUUCAUGCAGAAACAUGAACAAAAAAUUAGACAUUUUGGCAUGCUAAGCAGAUGGGAUGAUAGCCAGAGAUUUUUGUCUGACCAUCCGUACCUUGUAUGUGAAGAUACAGCUAAAUAUCUCAUCUUAUGGUGUUUUCACCUAGAAGCAGAACAGAAAAGAGCUCUCAUGGAACAAGUAGCACACCAGGCAGUUGUUAUGCAGUUUAUUAUAGAAAUGGCCAAAAGUUGUAAUGUGGAUCCCAGAGGCUGUUUUCGUCUAUUUUUCCAAAGAGCAAAAGCAGAGGAAGAAGGUUAUUUUGAGGCUUUUAAAAAUGAACUCGAAGGAUUUAAAUCAAGAGUGAAAAUCUCUUCACAAUCACAAAGUUUUCAGGCUAUGUCAGUUCAGAAUCCCAUUGCCCAUACUGGUCUCAGUUCCUUAGGCAUGUUGGAGUUUUUGCCACAGAAAGAACUGAAGUGCCAUCUGCAGGUGCCUGUUGCUCUGGUAUCUAAGCCCUGAGGUUGUUGCAGGCAUGUGAAGAACAGAACACACUUCUGCUAAAAACCUCAGGGCCAUCUUGGAGAAAGGGCAGCCAAUAUCCUGUUCUUAUGGAAAGUGAAGAAAUGUGCAUUUAGGCUAGUGCAAAGGUGGGGAGAGCUGUUGCUUUUUGUCCGGAAAUGGUCCGGAAACCCCAGUAAUGCUGGUGUCAAAUGGAAAUAUAGAAUCAAAGUUUUGUAUGGGAAUGCUAAGGCAACUGUCCAAAGGAAUCUAGUCUCCAAGGAACAUGUGUAUGUCUAGAGGUGUCUCUAAGGACAUAAAGGCUGGUGGCUGCAAAAUUUGUCACUUUUCUUUAAAAAAAAAAGACCCAAACUGAACAGUACCUACCUCAAUAGCCUUACACUUACAACAAAUGAAAAGCUUUCCAAAUUCCUCAGAUGCUUUUCUUGGAAUGUGUCAGUACUGGUGAUGAUAAUACUUUGGAGUAAAAACCCUACUGUAAAGUAUUUUAACUGUGCUGGCACUACUACUAGAUGACCUGUUUGGAUCAAUACCAGAGAGGAGUGAUGCUCUCAGCAGCAUGGUCUGCUGUCAGUUAUACCGGUUUCAUAAAGUUUAACUAUCUGGAUGUGAUGAUUACAUUGAUUUCUGUACCUAGAUCUUGCUGACCAGUUUCUGAAAAAGUGGGAUUGAGGGAAAUGAAAUCAACAGUCUGUAAAGCUGAAAAAAUGGGUAUGAGAGUUCCUUGUAAAGACUAGCAGUAGCUACAAAAAUCUGGACUGCUUGGUAUUUGAAAGAGCCAGGCUUACAGAGGGCUGUUGACCUCAGCCAUCAGAGUCCAGUGUGGAAUGGGAAUGAGGCUGUUUCCCUACCACCAAAAUAUGCAAUGUACUCAUCUCUAUUAAUAUUACGGAAGAGACUAUUACCCUACUGUUAAUCUCUGCUCUAUAACCUCAUUAACUGAGGAUUAAAGUUACUCUACCACACCAAAUGUGGUUUUGUUUCCAGUGGGACUCUUCUAGGUGCAACUAGGUAGUCAGAAUUUUGUUAAUGUUGUAACUUAGUGGAGUGAAAUAGCAAAAAGGUCAGUUUUGUAACUUUAAAUGUGGAUAAAUAAAGGCUUCAAGAUAGAUAGCUAUGUUUUGUCAAGCUAACAUGUUUAAUCAAAGAAGCUUGAAUACUCUUGUGGCAAGAUUCUCCCCCACUGCUUUGGAAAUGAGAUUUUAAUUUUCUGUAAUAAAACAUUUUAUUGUA